AUGGAUGAUGUUUUGAGUAGUCACGCCGUUGUUUCAACUCGGCCGCCGAAAAUUCCGAUGGCCCACUCAAAAAGGCAUUCAUUGCAUUCUGGAGAGUCGAUCACCAAGUUUAACAAACUCAAGAAACAUGCCAGUCAGCCCAAGCUUCGAAAAGAUGUGCUUACUGGAUCUCUGACGAGUUUAAACUUGGAUAGUUCGAAAAAGUAUUCUAGUUUAGCUCAUAUCAACUCACUCAAAGGUACUGCAAAAACUCUGAGUGCCAGCAAUCUUGCGGCUAUUUCGGACUCGAAUCUAUCCCUCAAGGAAGCUAUGCCAAUGCGUAGCUACGAUCAGCCUAAUUCGUCCUAUUCCGAAAUGAAGAGCCAUUUUGAAGAUUUGGUGAAAUGCUACUACAACCAGCUUACCAAGGGCUGUGGAAAUAGCAACUGUAAAAACAAGUUUUGUUUUUCCUGCAAAGACGGAGUGCGAUUCUCCCCUGAUGUUGCUGGAGUGAUGAGCAUAGAACUGGCCACAAGAAAUAAAAAGCACAUUUGUGUUCCUGAGAACCGAAGGAAUGAUCCUUUACCUGGCAAUCUUUUUGUUGGAGAGCCUAGGCGUGCGAGGCCAUUUCUGCACUGUCUUUUCUCAACAACACCAUUCAAAACACUUUUCCAGCCCAGCCCUCCAAGAAGAAACUCUGAGGGUAAUUUUGCUUUACCAAACCAUCACAGUGAGUCUAAGAAAAGGCAAGCAAGUGGAUCUUUUGAUCAAAUAAAUUUCAAAGCUGAAUUAAGUGAUGGUGGAAAUGAGAAAACUGGCAAAAGAGGGUUAAAUGUUCCGUCAUCAGAUAUCAAAGAUGAUUCAAAAAGACAUGUUUUUACUCUCGAUAGUACAGAAUUUUCUAAAUUGAAUCUGUCUGGUAAUCGUGUUCAUGAGCAUACACUUUCAGGAAUGCCACCUGAACUUUUCAGCUCAAACAGCUCAUUAAAUGACCUUAUUGAUUUGGAAGAGUUUGAGAAGGAAUGCGCUCUUGAGAUGUCAUCAAGUCAUAUUCAAGAGUUCUCACUAACUCAUUUAACAUUACCAAUGCUUGAAUCUUCGGUCCAAAAUUACAAGGAGUGUAAAGAUUCGGCUUUUCUUAUCAAUACCAUCAGAACAGUAUUCACAUCAUCUGAGGCCUUGAAUGAAAGUUUUAGGACAUCUAAAGGUGAUGGCCGUGAUUCUCUUGAUGUUUCUGCUGUCAGGGAAGCCUACACUCUUCUUUUGGGUUUGGAGCCUAAAGACACAUUUAUUCAACCACUAGUCAAUUCCUUAGAAAUUCAUCUCGCUGCUCUAAGCUCAGUUACUAUGAACCCAGAUGAGGUUUCACAGCUGGUCAUUUUACUGGAAAAUCCCCUUGUCCAGGAAUCUCAAGCCCUUUUACGAAAACUUUGUCAAGUGAUCAGUCAGCUUCCUGCUGACUCACGGCAAUCACUGAUUGCAAUCUUUAUGAGCUAUGAUGUGGAAUCAUUUAAGCAGUUGCUUCAGGUGGGAUGUAUAUUACAACAAAAAAUAUAAAGUUGCCAUAAGUAACUUUAAUGUGCUACCAUAAACUGCUACUUAUAAGCCCUCGGCUUAUGCAUCUUCGUAAGGGGUUCUAUUAGGGCCUCUAAACAAAGAGGCAUCGGAGUGGGCUUAUAACUGGACUAGAAAAGAUGCUUUCAAAACAAGCUAUGACAGUGCUGAUCCAAAUAUGGUUUGCAUUUGCUGGUUUUUAAUUAGGCCUCAAAACAUCACAAUAAAUCAAAUUCAUUUCAGUAAGAGCUAGGGUGGGGCUUAUAUCCCGGGGCACGUUUGUCGGUUAUUUUGGAUGAAUUUCUUGUUUUCUAAAAGAUGGGCCUCGAACUGGGGUUGGGGGGAGGGGGUUUAUAAGUGGAAGUUUACAGUAUUACUUUUCUAGUGCUUGUAUAAUUUUUAGCUUGUAGUGUGCAGUCAGGUGGAGUUGGUGGAUCCAAUCCAAGAAGUGGAGCAGGAUGGUGGGGUCUGGGGUUGUAGACCCUACUAAGUGUACCUAUUAGGCCCUUGCUGCUCAAAAGGAGGAUAACGCUAUCCAUGCGUCAGGUCAUAGAUUGUUUUGUUGUAGUUGAUUAAAUGCUUUAAAGCUGAAAUUACUACAACAAAAGAUUCUUCUGGUAGUUUUUAAAAGUUGCUUAGCAUUUUCUUUCUUAAUUAAUUUUACCCAAUCACAAUUACCAAUUGCCCUCAUGAAGUUUACGAGAAAGCUCCUGAAUGGAAAGGAACUAAGAGGGUGGAAGGCAUUACCUGGGUGAAACACUGAACCUUGCAACAGGCUGGGACCACCUUAAUAGUAUGAAAAAUUCCUUGAAUAAACCCCUAACGGGAAUUGGAGUCCCUUUCAUUACCCCUGGGUUACUCACCGAUUGAAGCUCACAAACAAAGCACAAGAUUCAAAAGAACAACUUUUCAAUAAAGUUAAGUUUAUUUCAAUUCUCUUUUCAAGGUUCUUCAGGAAUACUUGAGUAGCAUGAUUUCUCCUGGACAGCGCAGCAUGCAACACUUGUUAGAAGCUUGUAAAUCACUGGCUAUACUCUACGAUGCCUGCCGUCAGCUCAACAGGAGGAACAGAGAGGACUUUCUUUCCCUUUCUGAGUUUUAUAAUGAAGAUCUCUCUCUCAAAAUGGAUUUCAAGAAGGAAUAUGAGCACUGGAGAAAUUUAAACUCCACCAAAAGGUACCGACAGAGUCCAUGCAAAAUAGUAAGAAAUGACCAUCAGCAAGGUGAUAAUGUAAACCAAUACGUGAAAACUCCUUUGUUUAGCUCUCCUUCACAAGUCAUUUAGGGCAUGUUUGAUUGACCGUAUUCCAAUAUAACAAUAAAAGGAGUAAAUUCUAUAAACUGCAGUGCAAUUUAUACCAAAAAAGUACAGUCGUAUCAAGAAAUCCCCUGGAAAUAUUAUAUUGCAGUGUAUUUAGUGUUUAUGUGGUCCAAAAAUCACAAUAUAAAAGAUUUGUAGCAAGUCUUUUGUGUAUUGUUAUUCCAUAAUACAGUGAAGCGAACACGCUGUAAGUUUCCUGUUAAUCAACCGCAUCAGGGCAAUGUAUGGUCAACUCUGUGUAAAGCCUAUUUUUUUUUGUAUGUUGAGAAAAUCCCAGUUAAUCAGGGAUUUCACCAUUUCCUUAUCCUCCCAGAUUCUAUUGAUAUGUGGGGUUCUCAUUGAGUUUUAAAGUAGACAGCUAGGAUGUAAAAGCAGGUGGCUUAGCAAUCGAGUACUGUAGGCAAUUUCAGGCUUUCAUUCCCUCACUAAAUACCACGCAGCCUUUUUCCCAAAAAGUACAUGGCUCAAACAUCAAAGUUGCCAGUUUUUUAGCCAGUUGCCAGUACUUGAUGAGAACCCUGGAUAUGUUAGGAAAAUCUCAGAGUCUGCUGUCCACAGACUGUUGCUGAAAUCUGGGACACAUAAGGAAAAGAGAAAUGCCACAGGAUGGUUGUGAUAUUGUGAAAUCCCUGAUCAUCUGGAGUUUUCCUGACUUAUGAUAAAUAUCAAAACAGAAAAAAAAAAAAAAAAAAAAAACAGACCUAAAAGGGACACCAUGAGGGCCAGCACUAAAUACCCAUGGAUCUUAGGGAGAUGUCCUUCUCAUUCAGAGUCAAAUUAAAGGAGUAAAGAAUUGCGAGGACCAUCUUUAGGAGUCUGCCUUAGUGAUAUGUCUAUAGGUUAUAGUAGCCCAAUUUUAGCAGCUUUCAUAUGUUCUUUCUUACAUGUUGGUAAAUUGAACCUGAUCUCAGGUUAAUGUUAUAUACAUUAGGUGCUAUUAAAAAAUAGUUGUCAGUACUUGAAAUUUUUCUAACUGACCAAUAGGGGAAGCUUGAAUAGUCUUGUGGUGAUCUGAGUUAUCUACUUUACAUGUUUGACAAUCUGUGAACUGAGUCUUCCUCAUUUCAACACUAAAUAUUCCAUAUGUUACUGUUCUAAUUAUUUUCUAAAAUCUCAUUGCCAUAUUGUGUCAUGAGACUGCUGCAGAUGCCUCUCAUAAUGACAGAAUUAAUGUAAGUAUGUUUAAAGAGGAAUCCUGUACUUACAGUUGACUUCUUUCCUUGAAUAUAAUAUUAUUUGCUUUUUUAAAUUUAGUUUGGAAAGAGACCAGAAUCUCUCUCUUCUCGAUUAUCCAUUUUUUCUGGAUCCAACCUCAAAGGUAUUUUACAUAGUUCCAGAUACUUUUUAUAAUUUCUCCUCCCUCCCUCCCUCCUUUUCCUCUCCACACCCCUUUCCCCAUUCCCCCUUCCCACCCUUCUGUGGAAGGUCAGUGGGAUUUUUGACGGAGGAGUUCUCUUUCAAACUUUCAUAAAGGAAACUAUGGCGUUAGAAGGUUUUUUUGAGGGAAAGUGUGAAUAAGUUUUGUAAAAUUGCGUUAUAAGACGUCAUUGUCAUCAUCGUCACAAUCAUACAGACCUCCUGGCUGGGAUGCUCUGAACAUUGAUCUCAUUCUGCACAUUCGAAUCUGGGGUCUUGUUCGCGUGAUCCGUGUAAAUUUCAGAUUCAUUUGAGAUCAUAUCUGGGAAUGACAUUUUACUUGAAUGCACUGGGCCGCUUGGUCUUCACAGAAGGAGGGAUUGCCGUGAUCUCCCCCUCUGCCCAUUGGCAAAAUGGCGACGGCGCUUUGUCAUAAACUGGCCGGCACAAAUAUCAUAAUUUUCUUUCUCCUCAAUAGGUUCGAGUCUUGAAGAUUGAUGCCGUAUCACAGAUGAGAGUGGAAUACCAAAAUGCAAUAGUGCACCAAGCACGUGUACAGCAGGCGCAGAGAAUACGAGAGGAGGUCGAGAAAACACAAAAUGAUCUGGAAGAUGCAGUUAAAUCUGCCAUAUGCCCGUUUCUUGUUCUUGAAGUCCGCCGUGAUCAUCUGAUUCAAGACACAUUAAAUCAGAUCCACCUCAAGGUUCGUGCUAAGCAGAGUGUAAUUCAUGUAUUGUGGAACCCCGCCCUACGGACACCCGCUUAAUAAGGACACCCGUAUUUGACGGAAUGUUUAUAAGAAGUGAUGUGAUAUGUGAUCAACAUGUCACGAGCACGGGACAGAAAAAAUCUGAGUCCCCGACAGGAAUUGAACCUAUGACCUUACGUACCAGGUUCAUUACGAGGUUCAAUACGAUUUUAUUACUUAAAAACCGUGGCAAAAUAGCGUGAUAUGUUUGAAGUCCGUCUUUCCUCCGGAGGUUGACCCUUGUACUGAAGUCCUUAAACUAAGUUUUUGUGCCUCCUGCUGCACAAUUUUGAUUUCUUUUGCUUUAUGCUGCAGUCUUUUGUCCUACCUUUCUAUUUCUUUGUCUGUUUUUGUGUUUUUGUCUUAAUGUCAAUAAUUUAUGUGUCCGUGACGUUUUUCUGAGAACCCACUCUAAUACGGACACCCGUUUAACUAAUACAUACACUAUAGCAGUGGCGGAUCCACACCUUCAGAUAAGUAGGGGGGAGGGUCAUCCAGACCCUGAGAUAAGGGGGAGGCGUCCCUGUGGUGGCGGGUUUCACUGUACAAAUUUUACACAUUCCAGUUACGUACUGUUUUAUUUUCUCCGUCGGUAGGAGUUUGACCUGAAGAAGCCCCUGAAGAUCAAGUAUGUCGGCGGAGGAGAGCAGGGGCUGGACAUGGGAGGACUACAGAAAGAAUUCUUUCACAUGAUUGUUGAAGCUGUUUUUGACCCGGGUAAAUAUCCCAACCUUUUAUUGGGGUUCAUGUGUUGCACCAGCUCGUACAAAAUAAUUUACGCGGCUGAUGGGAUCAGAACGCGUCAGUCCUUUUUAGCGACAGAAUUGCCACGCAUAGAGAGUGGCAAAGCCCCGGGGGAUUCUUCUCGAAGUCCCCCGGCAGCAAAGUUUAUUCCAGGAGUGCUUCAGUGGUAGAAAUUCCGCAGGUUACACGGGCUAGCCGUAAGUCUUUUAGACCCUAACGGUUGUGAACUCUCGUUCACCUCCCUUACACCCGGGCUUUAUUUUCUCGUGACAUGGCUAUUUCGGCGCGAAAUUUAAGUUUAGGGUCAUACCAUUCUUAAACAAUGUUUUGCACGAUUAAUUUAUGAUAAGUGCUAGUAAUGGUUCUUUGAAUAAGUUUAGGUUUUCAAUCAUGUAAAUAUAAUGAAUGCUUCCUUACAACCACGAUACACUGUGGUAGGUGAUUGUUUGAAUCCAAGAUUGGUUCGAAGAAUCAAAUAUAGUUUGAUGAAAAUGAACGCUGUAUUUUUAUCUGAUUGUUGUUAUUUGCCAGGCUACGGAAUGUUUACCUACAUCGAAGAGAGUCACAGUGUGUGGCUAAACAGCUCGUCUCUUGAAUCAGAGAAAGAAUUUGAGUUGGUCGGCAUCUUGCUCGGUUUGGCCAUCUAUAAUGGAAUCAUACUAGAUCUACAUUUUCCGCCUGUGAUUUAUAAGAAGCUUCAGAACGAGAAACUCGAUCUUCAAGACUUGUUGGGCGUUCAGCCAUCCCUGGCAAACAGUCUCAUGCAGCUGUUGGAGUUUGAUGGUGAUGUGGAGGAUACGUUUUGCUAUACAUUUCAGGUAAUGUGGAAAUAAUGGCGACCAAAUAGUAAGUCUGUUGAUCAAAUAUUUUAAUAAUUGUAACUUAAUGUCGUGAAAUAUGUAUAUAUAUGUAUAUAUAUAUUUUUUUACUAGCAGAAUUCUUAGAGCGUCCAACGGUAACCGCUCAAGUCGCCCGAAAGUCACCUCGACCGAAGUUAUGUCGAGCGAAUUCCUGAGUUAUGUUGCCCGAAAUUUUAUCCCGUUGAAUAUAUAGAGGAAUAAGGUCAGAUGAUGAGACGAAACAAGCGCGAUAAAUGAGUAAUAUAUCUCUUUCUAUAAGCCUCGACGAGACGAAACAAACGCUAGCUGUGCGGACUAUGGGCAUAUGGCGUGUGAAAAUCAUUGUUUGAAAAGUUGUUUCUUCGGUUCAAAAAGAAUUUGUUGCUGAAUCAAUAGUUUUGUGGCGCCUCAAUAUGGAUUUUGCAAUCUUUUUUAAUGUUAUCUUAAGCGACUUGAGUAAACUUUCUCUCGGUUUGAAGACAUAAACAUAACUGUGAGGUUAAAAAGUAUGAGUCACGUAGACAUUAGGGCCAUUUAUACGAGGAAAAAUAAGACGCGUCUUACAUAAGACGCGUCUUAAAUAAGACGCAAACUGUACCAUUUAUACGAGCAUGUCUUAUCUAAUAAGACGCGUCUUAGCUAAGCCGCCUCUUAUUUUAGACGAAAUGUGCCGUUUAUACGGAAAGUUCGCGUCUUAUUUUUCCUCGUAUAAAUGGCCCUAUUGACGCGUACUGCUUUGAGCGCGCUACAUUAAUAAAAUUUUAAGUUAACUGCCCCAUUGAUCGCUUUGAUAUUGUUAUAAAACAAUUAGUUCAUGCUUCAGCUGUGCGUAUAUCAAGAUAUUGAGCACUUGGGAAGUCUGGAGAGCACACGAGAGGCUAGAGUUGCCUUCGGCGCAACUCUUUGGCCUCUUGAGUGCUCUUCAAACUUCCCACUUACGCAUGAACUUCGCCACUUACGCAUGAACUACGUAACUGUUAAGUAAUAAGAUAGAAUGUUGUUGAGCGUGAUAAAAUUUCGGGUGACAUAACUCAGGAUUUCGGGCGACUUCACGAAAACUUUCUGUCGAAAUAACUCUGGUUUCGAGCGACACAACUCCGGGCGAGACGAAGUAGAUUCAGUACCAAACGGAGAGUAAACAGGUUGAAUUCAGCCCUUUUUCACAUGCUGGUUAAUGGUUUAUACCCUUGGUACGACAGUUUUCUUCUCACGCAAGGCAGCAUGUUUUGUGGCGCAGGCCGUAGGCCGACAUAUCGCAGUUAAAGGGCAAAGCCAAGAGUACCCUGGAUCCAGGGGUCUGUUCUUGAAAAACCUAGGAUGAAAUAACCCGUGCGCGCGGUUUUUUUCGCGGCGUCGCCGCAAACUAUCAGGAAUGAGGAAAAAUUAAAAACCUCUGGCAUCCUGGGUAAGCCAAGAGUGGCGAGGCAGCGAGAAAAACACAGGCAUUCGCGCGUUUCACUAUAAAGAACGAAACCAGCCGCCCAUGAAAGACGAUCUCUGCGCGAGAAAUCGAGAAAAGAGGUUGUCGGUGGGCGGUGUGUCGGUUCCAAACCUGCGCCAUUUUUGAAAUGUCACAAUAGCAUUCAGCAUGCCGUGCGUGCCAUGCUCCAAAUAGUAUCCAUCAUGCCCAUCGCUUUUCCAUUGCCAGCGCUGUUCGCAACCUUUGCUUCCACAGUCUUUUCUUUUCUAAAUCUUUCGAACAUGUAAGGCUGAUCAGGGAAGUAUUCACUAUUCCUGAAGCUUUUGCGAUGGCUGAUGCCCAAACGGCAUAUUCUAUCAUAUUGCUGCCGGCACAAUUCUGGUGCCUAAAGCCCUAAGGCGACGCACUCUAAUCUACGAUUACUGCUAGUAUUAGCAAUAAAACUAUAUGACAGAAUGGGGAGUUGGAGAUUUUCUUUCGCAGUGCUUUCAUCCACGGACUGUUUGUAGCUGAAACUAUUGUGUGCUACUGAGCGUUCUCUGAUUAUACCACGCUUUGGCGAAAUUUUUUUGUGUUUCAAACUUUCUGUUUUCAGGUCUCCUCAAGCGAGUUUGGUAGCCUUCAGAGCGUGGAACUUCUUCAAAAUGGAGAGAACAUUCCUGUGACAAACUGCAACAGGGAACAGUUUGUUUCUUUGUACGUGGACUACCUCCUUGUGAAGUCGGUUGAAAAACAAUUCAGUGCUUUUUCGCGGGGUUUUCAUAAGGUGGGUAUGUCUUGCCUUGAAACGCGCUUAGAUCUACGCGACUCGAGAAAUCACUGCUUGUGAAUCGCUCUUUCCAGCAAAUGGAAGUAACUUGUUAAUGAUUUUAUGUAUAAAAAAAAAACAAGCUAACAAAUGAUCAUUUAGUUUGUGCAAAUAUAUUUUAAUGAGAGCUGUAUUCUAGACGUUGUGCGACAAAGCUUGCUACGUUGUCGCUGGUGUAGCGAUGUAAUGAAAAUGUAUCUUUCGUUCUCCUGUGCUCUUAACUUAAACCGGCGAAUUCGUCAGCUAUCAAAUAUUCCAUGUUUUUUGUGGAGAUUUAAGGAUGUCAUCCGAUUGAUUUGGAACUUAAUAUUGUGUACCUGUCAUUUUUCAGGUUUGUGGAGGUGAAGCUCUCACUUUGUUUCGUCCUGACGAGCUUGAACUCUUAAUUUGCGGCUGCCCUGUUAUCGACUUCUACGAGCUUGAAAUAGCGGCAACCUAUGAGGAGGGCUAUGAUCACAACCACCCUACAAUCAACGUGCUCUGGAGCGUUGUUAAUGAAAUGACUUUGGAGCAGAAGAAGGCUUUCCUUAUGUUUGUUACCGGAAGUGAUCGGGUGCCUCUGAAGGGGCUCGCGAACUUGACCUUCAUUGUUCAACGACACGGCGAGGACUCGGACCGACUUCCGACCGCUCUGACCUGUUUCAAUCGCCUUCUGUUGCCGGCAUACAGCACCAGGAGUAAGCUAAAGGAAAGGCUUAUUGUUGCAAUUGAGAAUUGCAAAGGUUUUGGCUUAACUUGAUGUCCGUGUGAAUUAAGUUAGGGAUGACGAAUCUGAUGCAAGAAACUUGUAAAAAAAGAAACUAAUGUGUGGGCGGCAAGCUUUACCCUAAACUGUUCACAGUCCCCUAUCUUUCCGUAAGAUCGAGCGCUUUGCGUUUCGGGUGGCCAUCUUGGAUGCAGUGAGCAUCAAAUAUUUUAAGGGGGAGGGGGACGGUUUGGGAGUGGCCUCCCUUCCCCUCGG